GAAUAGACGGGUGGGUGGCGGCAAGAUGGCGGUGCAGGCGGUGCACCUGGAGGCCGACGCCUUCCUGGUGUGCCUUAACCACGCGUUGAGCACCGAGAAGGAGGAGGUCAUGGGGCUCUGCAUCGGCGAGGUUGACACCAGCCGAAUCGUUCAUAUCCAUUCUGUCAUCAUCCUGCGCCGCUCCGAUAAGAGAAAAGACCGCGUGGAAAUUUCGCCAGAGCAGCUUUCAGCUGCUUCUACUGAAGCAGAGAGGUUGGCUGAAAUGACGGGACGUCCCAUGAGAGUCGUGGGCUGGUACCACUCUCAUCCUCAUAUAACUGUCUGGCCAUCGCACGUCGAUGUCCGCACGCAAGCUAUGUAUCAGAUGAUGGACCAAGGUUUUGUAGGGCUUAUCUUUUCCUGCUUCAUUGAAGACAAAAACACAAAGACAGGCAGGAUUCUCUACACCUGUUUCCAGUCCAUUCAGGCCCAGAAGAGCUCAGAAUAUGAAAGGAUUGAAAUUCCUAUUCAUGUUGUCCCCCAUGAAACCAUUGGGAAAGUGUGUCUGGAAUCAGCUGUAGAGCUGCCCAAGAUCCUUUGCCAAGAAGAGCAAGAUGCCUACAGGAGAAUUCACAGCCUCACCCAUCUAGACUCCGUAACCAAGAUUCAUAAUGGCUCAGUGUUCACAAAGAACCUCUGCAGCCAGAUGUCUGCCAUCAGCGGGCCGCUCCUUCAGUGGCUGGAGGACAGACUAGAGCAGAACAAACAGCGGGUGCAGGAGCUGCAGCAAGAGAAAGAGCAGCUCCUGGAGGAACUGGCUGCUUUAGAGUGAAGGAGGAAACGCAGACCCUUCAGAAAAGAGACAUGGAAAAAAACUCUACGAGAACUACUCCUGGCUGAAGAGUGGCCCUGCACUGCCUUACAGUGAAAAUACUAGCUGUGCCUCUUCUCUUGCCCCAUGCAGCAAAGAGCUCUUCUGUGGGAUAAGGGCUUUAUCUGCCCCAGGCUGAUGGAAAGCAGUGGUAUCUCUCCAGGUGCUACGUGAUGCAGUGCAGUUGUAGCUCAGUGGUGGGGUUGAACAGCACCUGAAGAGACUUCAGUUCUGGAAGGCACACACCUAAGGAACGUGUUGUUUCUUCCUUCCCCUAUUAUUUUGACAGAAGUCUUACUGCUUUAUAUGUAUUCCAGGAGCCUAGAAUGAGAGGGUUAGAGGGGAAAAGUGUGUCCUUGCAGUUGUAUCUGAUACUGCCAACUUCUGCCGCCUUUUAGUAGCUUCAGUUGACCGUGGUCUUUUAUCUAGUAAUGUUCUGGAUUACUGGUUAUCCACCCAGGCAGGUGAGAGGUGGGAGGGAAGCUUGGGAAGAGACCUGGAAGAACUUUGAAUAGGAUCUGUGUUCAGCAUACUUCAAACCAAAUAAAGAAUUCCAAAGCCAGAGCUGUUUGGAGUAGAAAUUAAAUGGAUGCUACAAAGUG